AAUCCUUUUACCUUGAACAACCCAGCCUUCCGUUCCCUCCAGCCCACACCAGUCAUCUAGAAGUCUCGUGUAUCUGCAGGGCGCUUCCAGAGUCGUUUACUCCAUUCAUCCGCCCCUGUUCGCCAUGUCGAAGCGAAAUCAGGAGCUUGUGGUCGUGGCCACUGUCCAGUGGGACUCUCAAGAGAUCGACAUCAUUCGAAAAGCAUUUGAGCCAGCCGAGUUUGUUCAUAUCCGCAGAGGCGAGCAGCACAUUUUUGACCAGGCCAUUAAGCGUGCCCAAAUUGCCAUAUUGGCCAGCGACGUCACCCCAGGCAUGCUUUCUGAUGCGCCAAAUCUGAUCUGGAUUCAUUGUGAUCACGCUGGUCUCAACAAAUCGGCCCGCCCCGAGGUGUUUGAGCGAGGCCUAGUCAUCACCAGUUCAGCGGGCCGCUCAUCACCUGCACUUGCUCAGCAUGCCUUUUUCUUCGCUCUUUCAUUAAGAUACGACUCCAGGGGCUUGUUCCAGCGUCAGGUAUCCUGUCAGUGGCAUAAUGGACGUGAGGAGCUGCGCCUGCGGGGUGCUCUUUGGGGCCAGAGCUUGGGCAUCCUGGGCUUUGGCAAUACGGGUAAGGAGAUGGCCCUGUUGGGCAGAGCCUUUGGCAUGCACGUUACGGUUAUUAGACGAAGAAAGCUCAGUGGCGACUCCAAGCUACCUGAUAACGUCGACGUCAUGCUGAGUACCGAGAAUGGAGACAGUAUAGAGGGACUUCUUGGCUGCGAUGUUGUAAUGCUCGCAGCUAGCCUCACCGACGAGACAUAUCAUCUGUUUGGAGCGACUCAGUUCAGGCAGAUGAAGCCAUCCUCUGUCAUCAUUAACAUGGGGAGAGGCUCAUUGAUUGAUGAAACCGCUUUGGUAACCGCCCUGAAGGCUGGCGAAAUUGCGGGAGCUGGACUUGAUGUAUUCGAAGUUGAGCCAUUGCCCGAGCAGUCCCCUCUGUGGAAGUUACCCAAUGUGGUUAUCACGCCUCACUCGACGCCGGGAAUGCCAGAUCGCACGGCUCGGUCUAUAGAGAUCAUCUGUGACAACAUCCGGCGGUUCAAAAACAACCAGCCGUUACUCAACGCAUUAGAACAGGGCGAUAUCUAUACUAAGGGUCUUUGACCUGAUGGUCUAAUGAGUUUAGACUGAAUAUACCCAUACAAAUAUACAUAUACUAC